AUCGACGUCUUCCAUGACGUCUUCCAAUUAAAUCUCACAUAUAAGACUUAUUGAUAAUUCAUAAUUUUUAUAAUUAAAAAAUAUAUUAAAAUGAUUAUUAUUGUGAUAAGUGAGUGGUGGACACGAGGAUUUUUAUCAAAUAUUUAUUGUGAAAAUACUUAAAUUAUUUAUUCAACUAUAAAUUAUUUAAUUAGUGUUUUUAUUGAUUCAAUUAUUUAUCAACCAACAAAUAUAUAUACGUAUAUGUAUAUACAGAUAUAUUGAAUAAUACAUGGAUGAGAAAUAAUACUUUCGAAAGUGUAUCUAUCCCAUUGGGGUGGAGUUAUAGGCAAGGGUUAAUCGAGUGCUCUUUUAAUCUCAAGUGUACGCGUGGAUUUUCUCGUAACUGUUAAGUAACAAAAGAAAAUAAUUAUCGUUUUUUUUCUUUUUCGCAACUGAAGAAUGAUUUGAAAAUAGUUUUUGUUCCUUUUAUUUUUUUUUAAAUUAUUUUUGAGUGAAAAUAUUUACAAAAAUGGUUGAUCUCAGUGGAUAUAUUAUCAUACUUAUUAAUGAUAAUGGAAAAAUUAAAUUAUAUGGAUCGUCAGCUGAUAAUGCUGAAUAUCCGGAAGUUAGUGACGAAAUUUUGGAAGUCAAUGGACGGACGUUGGAAAAUGCUACUGAUGCAGAAGUUAGUCAGCAUAUUCAUCAGUGCAUUAGAUCAGGAACAAUUAGUCUUCAGGUGACUCGAAGAUCUGGUCAUAAAAUGAAAGAAUUGGAUGGUCCAAAUGCUGAUAGAAUACGCGAUGCCUGGGUAAUAGCAUUAGAAAGAGGAGCAAGAGAACGUUUACAAAAAUUACCAGCAUUGAAAAAAAUAAAACCACGUGAUAUCCAGGCAAUAUUACAUCAACAGAUUAAUGAAGAAAUAUCAGCAUCAACGAGUAAAAUAGAAACACCAAUAAUCAAAGAUUCUAAUAAUACAAAUAGUCAUAUAACAGUAACACUUGCUGAUGGACAACCAGUUAAUCGUACUCCGCCGAAACUAAGUAAUGGAACAGUGCCAAAAAGUAUAAGUAACGAUGAUAAUAAUGACUUAUUAAUAAACAAAGAUGAUCAUUACAUUAAUAAAGAAGUAUUAGAAAAACAACGAAAUCAUUCAGAAGAACUCAAAUUAUUGCAUCCAUCGCUCACAGCAAAAUUAGGUGAAAGACGUUCGAGUAGUCCAUUCCAAAAUGGUAGAACAGAAGUAUUAAUUGGUGAACCAGAAGGUGGACCAAGAUCGCCACGUGGUUCGACAUCAUCAGCUAUUAAUGAAAAUUUUUUGAGUACCGACAAUCCAGAACCUAUUUGCAGGUCUCGUAGACGUAGCGGAAGUGGCGUUACUGACAUCCACCUGCAGCAGACCCAGCUGCAGGACAACAAUAACUCCCCUUCAUUACGUGAAUCAAAAGAUUCACGUAACCCAAACGUUAAUCCAGAUGAGAUGUGGGUCCCGGGGGUAACCCCGGGUCACCACCGCGAGUUACCAGUCGACGUACCCGACACCCUACUUCAACAAGCAUACGCUAACAAUAAGGUAAUCUUACCAUCAACAUUACCACCACCCCCACCACCACCACUACCAAUAACCGACUCUUCAGUAUCAGUAUAUCCACCAACAAACUACAACAUCAACAACAUCAAUAACAACAACAACAACAACAACAACCAACGUCUUAAUAGCGCUAGUGUUAAUAAAGUUGACUUAUCACCGCUUUGUGAAUUACGCGAGCUAACCCUAAACAUUAAAAACGAUUCAUCCCAUCAGCAUAAUCACAAAAAUAAUCACCACCAUAAUAACCCGCGUUCAAAUAAUCACAAUUUAUCAAAUCUUAACUUAGACAGUUCUGAUCAAGUUGAUGACCUGUCAAACUUGACUCAACGUAUAAUUGAAAUAACCAUCGACAAAAAUUCCGAUAACGACUCAAGUAACGAUUCAACAACAAAGUCUCCAAUCCUAUCGAUAUUCGACGAAAUAGACAGUCCGACCAGCAAUCACCUUCACCAUCUCAAAAUAAAGGAAUCAAACGUCGACAUCGACGACGAUUAUCCGUUCGCUAAAGAAGACUAUCCCACCAUGUUGAAGACCUGCAGCGACGAUUCUGCGAGUCCGCGAUCUUCAUCAGGACGUUCUGAUUCAACGACCGCUUUGGAUACCAGUCUUAUAAUUCCUGGCAAAGAGUCACCUCUCUAUGACGCGAGACGAAUUGAUCUAGGUUCCCCCUGUCGCACUAUUCCAGAUCUAAGUAUCUACGGAAUGACACGUGACACAACUUCAUUUGACAAUCCCGCUUACGGAUUGGAUCUUCACCACGAUCUACAUCAAGGUCUCCUGAUCCGUUCAGACGAGGUCUUAGAUCUCCGUAUUAUCGGUGACAACGGGAAAAACUGUGAGAUAAUUCCUAUUGGGAAACCAGAAAAAUCAUUGGGGAAAAAAAAGAAGCCUAAAAAUACGUCUAGCUUUGAUGUUGAUCUAAUAGGAGCUAAAUCAACAGAUGAUUUACUUGCAGCAGAUUUGACUGGUUUUGUAACUCGUACCAGUAUUAAAAAACCAAUUAAAAAAAAUAAUUUACCAUUAUUACCAACGCCAGCGCCAUUACCACCCCAAGUACCGACAAUUAAUGGAUACUCAACAUUAAGAAAUGACAAUAAUCAUAAAAGCUCACUACGAAGCUAUCGUGAAGUUGCUGUUGAUUGUCCUCCAGAUUUUAUACCGGUUACUAAAAGCCAUCCUAUUUAUCCACCGCCUAAUAAAAUUGAUGGCCGUAAAGAUAUUAAAAAUGGUGAUAAUAGUAAUAAUAAUAGUAAUAAUGUUAAUAUUGUUAAUAAUAAUAAAUUAUUAAUGAAUGAUAGGACGAAAUCAAAUGAAAGUAUUGGUGGAUUGGAUGAUAAUGAUGAUGGACAUAAGGUAAGAUUAAAGCGUCUAAUGCACCCGGGUACGCUUUUAACACCACCACGUCCACUAUAUUUAUUAUCUAACACACUUCCUAACAAAUUAUUUAAUAAAAAUCGUAAAAAAAAUUUACCUAUUUCUUAUAAAUUGUCAUCGAUUGAUGACAAUCAUAAUCAAUCAAUAAAUUAUUCUCUGAUGAUUGAUGAUGAUGAUUCAUGUGUUGGAUUAUCAUUUUCACGACUUUAUAGUUUUCGUAAUGAAAAUAGUGAUAAUAAAAAAAAUAAUAUCAAAUCAUUUGUUGAUAAUGAUGAUAUUAUUGAUGAUAACAAUGAUUCAAAAGUAAAUAUUUAUUUAGAUAAUGCUGAAAAUACGGCAUUAUUUAAUGCAUAUGAAUCCUUAUCGCUUCCCUCUUACGCUUCUACUGCUUCUUCUUCAUAUUCUUCACUAUCAUUGACAAGUAAUAAUGAUAAUAAUAUUAAUAAUAAUCACUCGUUAAAUGUAAACACAAAUGACGCUUGUUUAAUGCUUAAAUCACCACACGGUUAUUGUAAUACUGUUGAUAAUGAUUUUGAUAGUAAUAAUAUUAUAAGUGUAAAUGAUGAUACACAACGGGAUGUAGAAGCAGUAGAUAGUCAUCAAGAUCACAAGGGUAAUGGAGUUAAGCCAUUAUUACCACCGAGAGAUCAAAAACGUGCACCAGCUCGUCCGCCGAAAGAUAAUCUACGUUUAUCAACGCGAAAUAAUAAUAUUAAUGAUAUUAAUAAUGACAAUACUAGUAGUAAUACGGGAAUAGAAUCUUCCAUAGUAUCACAGCCGACACCACAGCAAUUACAUUCGAUCAAAAAAUAUCAGGAACAAUUGAGACUGCGAAAAGAUCAUGAAGAAAAACGCGAAUUUCUUAAUCAAUCGUUACGGGGUUCACAAAAACUUCAUGCACUUGAGAGUCAUGCGAAACAACUUGCCGGACAGGAAAAUCCAGCUUAUACGCAAGACGAGAUUACAACUACGACAAGUAAUUUACGAAAAGAAAAGGAGCAAACUUCAGGGCGAGCUAGUCCAAAAGUUGCUGAAGAAUUACCAGAGGAUCCAAAAAUUUUAUCGUAUGGAGAAGUUGUGGCAACACUGGAAAGAUUACAAUUACAAUUAAGGAAUCUAUCAGGUGCCUUAGGACCAGGUGUAGAAGCUGAAUUAGAAGCAUUCCGUUCAUUAGUACAUCAGCGACGUUUUGCAACUGCCCUUGCAACUCAUAAUUUUGUAAAAACAAAAUUACGUACUGGGAAAUUACAAAAACCAUAUAUUGAUGACGCAUCAAAUUUAGCACGUGACUGUAUUGAAUUAUUUGAAGAAUGUCAAACAACACAAACAGUUAAAUCACCCGAGACGAUUGCGAUAAUCGAAGAAUUAACUGGUUUAUUAACGAGUUAUGAAAUGGAAGGAUUAUUAUUUGCACACGACACCAUUAUUUCAUAUUGCGAUGGAAUACAAUUAAAAGAUGGUCCAUUGUCGUCAUCAGCUAGUGAACAAUCAUUGAGUCGUCAUUCAAGCUUACGCGAUUCGUUACGUAACACAGAUAAUAUUAAAAUAAUUAAAAUUGAAAAAACUAAUGAACCACUUGGUGCUACUGUACGUAAUGAAGGAGAUGCUGUCAUCAUUGGUCGAGUUGUACGUGGUGGUGCUGCAGAUAAAUCAGGAUUAUUUAAUGAAGGGGACGAAGUACUUGAAGUUAAUGGAGUUGAAAUGCGAGGAAAAAGUGUUAAUGAAGUAUGCGACAUAUUAGCCAGCAUGCAAGGCAGUUUAACAUUUAUAGUAUUACCAGCUUCAUCAACGAUUAGUCGUAAUAACGUUGAUACGUCACACGAAGAUAAUAAUUUGAUACAUCAUGUAAGAGCACACUUUGACUAUGAUCCAGAAGAAGAUCCUUAUAUACCAUGUCGUGAAUUGGGUAUAAGUUUUCAAAAAGGCGAUGUGUUGCAUGUAAUAUCGCAAGAUGAUUCUAAUUGGUGGCAAGCUUAUCGUGAAGGAGAGGAAGAUCAAACUUUAGCAGGCUUGAUACCUAGCAAAGCGUUUCAGCAUCAGCGUGAAUCGAUGAAACAAACGAUUACUGGGGGGAAAACGACAUUGCGUGGGUCUAAAAAAUCAAGUACGUUGUUGUGUACACGUAAAAACCCAAAGAAAAAGAAAAAGAGGGCAAAGUUUGGCGGGAGUAUAAAUGAUGAUGGUUAUCCUAGUUAUUCAACGACGACAAUUGAUGAUUAUGAUAGCGAAGAAGUGCUAACUUACGAAGAAGUAGCUCUUUAUUACCCACGCGCAAGUCAUAAAAGGCCAAUAGUACUUAUCGGACCGCCAAAUAUUGGGCGCCAUGAACUAAGGCAACGUCUUAUGCAAGACAGCGAACGUUUUGCUGCUGCUAUACCCCAUACAAGUAGACCACGGAAGGGUUCAGAAGUUGAUGGUCAAGAUUAUCAUUUCAUAACACGGCAACAAUUUGAAACUGAUAUUGUCGGCCGUAAAUUUGUCGAACAUGGGGAAUAUGAAAAAGCAUAUUAUGGUACAUCUAUUGAAGCAAUACGUAGUGUUGUUAAUUCUGGUAAAAUAUGUGUAUUAAAUUUACAUCCACAAAGUUUAAAAAUAUUACGUAAUUCGGAUUUAAAACCGUACGUAGUGUUUGUCGCGCCACCUAGCUUAGAAAAAUUACGACAAAAGCGGAUUAAAAAUAACGAAAAUUACAAAGAAGAUGAACUUAAAGAUAUUAUUGAAAAGGCACGCGAUAUGGAAGACAAAUAUGGACAUUUAUUUGAUAUGAUUAUUAUUAACAAUGAUACCGAUCGUGCUUACAAUCAAUUAUUAACCGAAAUAAAUUCAUUGGAAAGAGAACCUCAGUGGGUACCGGCUACCUGGGUUCAGUGAUACACGAUUGAUAUUAAUUAUAAUAAUGUUAAAUAAUUAAUUAAGUAAUUCAUUAUUAUUUUAAUUAUUCACAAAUAUUAUAUUACUAACAAUAGUAUAUAUUAACUUUUUAUUUUAUUGAUAGCUGCUGCUUAAUGCCAAAUUUUUUUAGAAACAAAAAAUAAUUAGGGAUUAUUUUAUUUUAGAGAUUAAAAUUUAAAAAAUUUUUUUAAUUAUUACAACUAAUUUUAUUUUUUUCAACGGCAUUUUUACUUAAUUAAAUAUUACUUUUUUUUUUUAUAAGAAAGUAUUUUAAAAAAUAAAAAUAAUUGCUAUUAAUUAGAAAUUUAAUUUUAUGGAUUAAGUAGUCAUUAAUUUAAAAAAAAUUUUUUUUUAAAUUUAAAAUAUCAAAAACAUAAAAAGAAGAAUUCUAAAUUUUAAAAUUUUAAAAACAGAUAUUUAAUAUUUCAAAUAAUUUUUUACAAUAAAAAAAAUCCAAAAGAAAUUAUCAAAAUAAAACCAUAUAUAAAUAUAAAUUUAAAAAAUAUAUAUAUAUAAAUAUAUAUAGAUAGAUAAUAUAUAUUAUUUGAAAAUCUUUUAUUUCUGUCAACAAUUUUUUAUUAAAAAUAACAAAUAAGGGAAUGGGGGCAAAAUGGGUACCUGAGGUAAAAUGGGCCUUAAAGAUGAAUUGGGCCCCUGUCGUAAGCUAGAUGAGGUAAACUAGGCCUCGAGGUUAAAUGGGUCCUGCAGGUAAAAUGGGACCCGGGCAAAAUAGACUCGAGGUAAAUUGGGCCCCAUGAAUUUGAAAAAAAAAAUUUUUUAAUUUCAUCAGUUCAAAAAAUUUUUUGUUUCAAUAAUUUAAUUAAAAUUUUUAAAACCACUUGAGUCUGAAUUAGUUCAAUUAUUUUUUAACAAAAAUUAAUAUUUAACAUAACAGACCCAAUUUUGACACUUUAUUAUUUCAUUUAACUUCCGGUAUCAUCUUUCCCUGAUUAAAAAAAGCGAUUAGAAGCGAUUCAAAAAUUUCAAAUUUUUUCGUAUCGAAUUAGAUCCUUAUACGGUAUUAAAAAGUAUUUGAAAAGAUUUGAAAUUUCCAAAUUCGAAUACUUUUAAAUCACCUCGGAAAGAUAUUAGAAAAAAAAAAAGAUUCGAAGAUGUUCAAAAAUUUGAAUUCUUUUAAAUCAUUUUAAAUCUCCCGAUGAACCCGAAAUUAAAUUAUUAUUUAGCAAUUAAAAGUAAUUUGAAAGUAUUUGUUUUUUUAUAUUCUUUUUAAUCGUUUCAAAUUCGUUAGAGACAAGUGAUUAAAAACGAUUCGUACGAUUUCGAUUCUUCAAAACUUUAGGGAUUCAAAGUAUUUGAAAUUAUUUAAAAGUAUUAAAAAAAUUUUUUUUUGAAUCCCUUUAAAUCGAUUUCUAUAAUCAGGAUUUUUCUAUACAAAUAUGACAUUUCAUAACGUUGCUAACUUUUACAUUAGCCCAUUUUACUCCACAUUACAAAUUUUUUAUAACUGGUCCAUAUUCUCAAAUACUUUUUCUAAAAAAAAGUUUAAUUAGAAAAAAAAAUACUCUUAAAUUUUUUUGCGCUUCAUUUUGCCGCCUUUCCCUUUUAUAUUUUUUUUGUUGAAUGAAUUUAAAAUAUAUAUAAAACCGAGUAUCACAAAAACAAAACAUAUUUAAACGAAAACAUAAACAAAAACAUAAACAAUCAUAAGAAAAUCGUCCAGAAUUAUAUAAAAAAUAAAUCUGUGCCAAUAUAAAAAAAAAAAAAAUAAUAAUGAGUUACAAUAAAUAAAAUGGCAGUUAAAUUUUCUGUCUUUGUAUGAAUAAAAAAAAAUUAAAAUAAAAUAAAAAUAUCAAAUUGAGUAAAAAAAAUUAUCAAGCGCGAAUAGUCAUGUGACUAGUGUAUUAAAAUAAAAAUAAAACGACUAGAGUAUUAAACGCUCACUAUCACUUGAAAUAAAAAAUUGUGUAUAAUAAACUAAUAAAUAAAUAAAAUUUUAAUCAUAGAAAAAAAAAUAAAAAAUCGUAAAGUAGAAUCGAUGUUUAGGAAACGUAUUUCGAAGACUUAAAUAAUUAAAUGAGAACAAGACAAAA